CGGGGCCGCCUCCAUUUCCCGGCAGCCCCGCGCGCGGCUCGUACCGAGGGACCGGGACCGGGUCCCCACCCCGGCGGGAGGAGCCGCUCGCUCGCUCGCUGCGGAGCCAGGGCCCGCUGCGGCCGCCGCCUCCUGCCCCGCUGCCCGCCCGCCAUGGAGCGCUUCGUGCGGAGCCGCCGGGCCGCCCUGCAGGAACAUGUCCAGCACAGGCAGGAAGUCCACGUGGUGCUGGGGAAUGAAUCGUGCGACCUGGAUUCCAUGGUGUCGGCACUUGCCCUGGCUUAUUACUUGGCAAAGACCUCUCUGGAGUCCAAGGCGGUAUUUGUCCCCGUGCUGAACAUUCCCCGCUCGGAGUUCCCCCUGCGCACAGAGAGUGCCUUCCUCCUGCAGGAGCAGCAGAUCCCUGACAGCUGCCUGAUCUUCCGGGAUGAGAUCGACCUGCAUGCACUGCACCGGGCUGGCCUCCUCUCCUUGACGCUGGUCGACCACCACAUCCUGCCGAGUGGAGAUGCAGCCCUGGAGGAGGCCGUGAUCGAGGUGAUCGACCAUCGGCCCCUGGAGAGGGAGCCUCGGUGCAGAGUCACCGCGGAGCUGGUGGGCUCCUGCGCCACACUGGUGACGGAGAGGAUCGUGCAGGGCCCAGCGGAGCUGUUGGACAGACAGACGGCCGCCCUGCUGCGUGGUACAAUAAUUCUGGAUUGUGUCAAUAUGACUCCAGAAGCUGGGAAAGUGACUCCCAAAGACACUCAGUACGUGGCCCUGUUGGAAUCCAAGUUCCCAGACCUCCCAGCGAGGAGCGUCCUGUUUGAGGCUCUGCAGACAGCCAAGUUCGAUGUGUCAGGGCUCACUACAGACCAGAUGCUGCGAAAGGACCUUAAGGUGCUGUCGAGCGACGGGCUCGUUCUUGCCAUCAGUGCUGUGUACGUGACGCUGGAGGCCUUCCUGCAGCGGCCUGGCUUGCAGCAGGACCUGUGCGCCUUCUGCCAGCGGCACGGCUACGGUGGGUUGGUAGCCAUGACGAUAUCCUUCAACGAGCGGAACGAGCCAUUCCGGCAGCUCGCGGUGUACAGCCAGCACCCGGCGGUGCGGACAGCGGUGUGUGGCGUUCUGGAGCGCGCUAACAACCCGCCCCUGGACCUCUCCCCUCUGGGGAGCCUUUACCCCAACAUCUGUGCCUACCACCAAGGCAACACAGUCGCAUCGCGUAAGAAAGUCCUCCCGAUCCUUAAAGACUUCCUGAGGGAGCGGGGCAUAACGGCUGGCCCCAUGCAUCCCGCGGACACGGGUUCCUGUGGCACGACGAGACCGGAGCCGAAAGACUCCUCUGCCGGUUGCGGCGAAAGCGGCGAGAACCCGGAGGACUCGGAUGUGGCUGGCGAAGCGGGCGCCCCGGAGUACGAGCCAAGGGGCAGGAGAGAUCCUGCCAGGUGCCCGAGGCAUGGGGAUGCCCUGCUGGAGGAUGAUGCCCCGUUGCCUCCCACCCCCAUGAACAGCCUGGUGGAUGAGUGCCCUCUGGACAGAGGGCUGCCCAAGCUGUCGGCGGAGGCGAUCUUCGAGAAGUUCAGCCACAUCACGGUGGUGCGCCCCUCCGCCAGCGGCAGCCCCGAGAAGAAAUGACACCGGGGCUGGUGCCUGCUCAGGUUUCAGGGACGCGAUUGCAAUCCUGGCGCUCUGGGAGUAGAUGCGCGGCCUCUUUCUGUGUGUGGACGAAACACGUCCCGCUGUCUGACGUGGACCCCGGCCUCGGCAAUAAAAGCCAGACGCAGGCGCUUUUGUCAGUGAUGCUCUGGAACCGACCUCCGUGGGGCAACUUCUCCAGCGGGGGAUUUCAUAGGAAAGCCAAACAAAAUGCCAGCAGAGUGGCACCCCCCAGUGCAAAGUGCAGCUGCACUUUAAAGGCACCCGGGGGUUUGAUCCUGGCCGGACUGUGCCCACAAGGGCGACCUCCUUCUCUGUUACAGUGAUUUCUUUAAACCCUGCCCUGGCGCAGCCGCAGCCGCCUCUUGCGUCGCCGGGCCCUAGGUCAUGAGCACUUGUGCCGUGUUAUGUGGAAGAACGCCCAGGUCCAGCAGCCCCUGAGUCCCAUUCCACGUUGUGUCCCAUUUCUGUGUGCACAGGCUUACCCCGUGCAUCCCCGUCGCUGGACUGGCAUCGUGGGAGGGGAGAUCUCGGCCCCACUCUCCUUGAACCCUCUGUGGAUUUGGCAGCUUUGUUUCCAUCCAGAAUCCCCCUCGGGGACAGCAAUAAAGGAGAGGAACUUCUCUCCCGUCUCCUCUUCCCCCGGCCCAUGUGACCCAGUCAGCCAUCUUGCCUCCUGUGAGCCAUUGGGUCUGUCAUGUACCUGCCUGACUGUGCAGCACUGUGCGUAAAGGAAAACUCUUCCUUCACAACUUCCCGUUCUCUGUGGUCGUAAUUGUCCAAUCCCUUUGAAACCCUGGCUGGGUAGCUUUGGAAUUCCAGCCAGCCGUCCAGGGGUUGUGUGAAAGGGUUUCUUCUGAAUUGGUUCCUAAAGCUCUGCCCUGGAAAGCGACUGUGAAAGGGACAAACAGGGUUGGGCAGGGUAUUUUGCCGCCCCAAGCACAGCAGGCAGGCUGCCUUCGGCGGCUUGCCUGCAGGAGGUCCCCGGUCCCGCGGAUUCGGCGGCACGCCUGCGGAAGGUCUGCCGAAGCCGCGGGACCAGCGGACCCUCUGCAGGCAUGCCGCUGGCGUGCUGGUGCCUGGAGCUGCCCCUGGGGUUGGGGUCCUGUUAGCGAACCGGGGCCAGCCCGCCUCUGCAGGGAGGGGGCUGGGGUCUAUUCCUCCUUGGGCAUCAUCUAUGGAAUUGUUACUGAUUUCCAGUUACAGGUUCUAUGGGGCUUUUUCUGUUGUUCCUCCCGCCACCCCGGGGUGGGUGCACAAGAAGGAAGGAGCCUGGCUUGACUUUUGGAGCCCUGGCUGAGUUUGCAGGGCUCACAAUGAGGAAAAAACUCCUCGGCGCUCGUGAAUUGGGCGUGUUUGUUUCCGAGUCGCUGCGAGGGAGUAACCCCAGAAUCCCAGGCUGUCGUCUUUACUGUCCUGCUGGAGAGUGAGCUACCCGACCCUUGGCACGAUCCGACCUGCAGGUGGGGAAAGGACCAUACAGAAUGCCCCAGUGCGUCCGUUCCUUCUCCCGAGGGGACUGGCAGGUGUGUCUGUGACCCACAGCUCGGGUCAUUUUUACUGUCUCUGUUUAAUGCCACUUUGAUUGGUAAGCCAGUUGUGUUAAUGCUACUGCUCACCUUCCUGGGGGCCUAUUCAGUACCUAGACAGCACCUCGCAUAGUUGCCCUUGGAAAGUAGCCGUUAAUCUUUUGCUGAUAGUUGAAAGUGACGAACAAGGUACUUUCCAGGUGGCGACUAUUCAUUAAACUAUCGAAGGGGCCACACUAUCAGCUUGCCCUUAACUCGGCCUCUCUUGGUGUGGGCUCACUUGAUUUCAGGGGCGGUUUCAUGUCUGUGAUUCUGUGGGCCGGCAGCUCAGAUUGCUUGAGGCCUUGUCCACAUGGGAAAUUUGCACCAGUUCAAGUUAAAUUGUUUUUUUUAACCAAUAUUGUUAAAUCAGUGCAAACCCUGCAAAAACCAGAAAAUCUGGCCUCGAAAUCUCUUCCAGGCUCCGUUCCUUGGAACUGGCCCUUGUCCGCCGCCCUGCUGGUGCUUUCAUUGUUAAGGACAGACUUUCAUCCUGGGGUGAUGAUUCUGGUGCACCUGGCACCCAGGAACUGGUGUUCUCCAGAAUUGUCAUUCUGGGCUCUCACAUGAUAACUGUAAUGGCCUGUGACUCCUAAAAAGGCCUCAGGUACUGCCACUGCAGGUUAUCAAGUAACCGCGUGUGCCCCCAAACCAGGUCCACUCUGCGGGGCACUUGCAUGAAGGGAAAAAUUCCCUGACCCCAUAGUCUGGCCCCUGUGUAACCCCAUUGUCUGUGGUGGCUGUCAAUAAGCCUCGGGUGCUAAAACCCCAGACACAUUCCUCAGUGUGUCAUGAAUUCCCCUCCUCCCUUUCGGCUUGUGAAUGAUCUAACCAUGGUACGUCUCUGUGGUACAUGCACCCUAGAGAGACCCUCUUGUGGCGGAGCCCUGAGCCUCCUACACUACAGUCUGUGUCUGUCUGUAUGUCCCACAAGCAAAGGCUCAAACAGGUGGGUCUGGGAGCUGCACUGAUGGACGAUACCCUGUGCCUGAAUCCCUCUCUAUUUUGUAGCUGUAAUGCUGUCUCUAUGAAAGCAAUGUGCAUCCUUAUUUAUGGAGGACACCUCGAGAGGUUCAGGCUCAGAGGCUGUCAGUCCUGCAGCGUGCACCAGAAAUAAGACAGAACCAGGUAUGCAGGGUGUGAUCUCCCUCUUUAUGUGUAUUGUAGUGGCAUGCAGGAGCCCCAGUCACCGACCAAGACCCCAUGGUGCUAGGCGCCGUAAAAACACAGAACAGAAAAUCUGCCCUAAAGAGCUGGGAGGCAGAAAGGCCCUGGAGGGUUUAAUGAAAGCUUUAGUGUCUUCCAGGUACAAUUGGAUGCUAGAGUUGGGGGUGACAUUACAUAGCCCUUUUCGAACUAGUCUUUGCAGCACCCCUCUGGGUGAGUGUGGUCAUUAUACCUGCUGUGCAGCUGGAGCAAAGUGAGGCACAGCGGGGGAUGUGUCCUGCCAUCGAGUUGGUGUCCACUGGGGUAUGAUUCAGGAGCUCCCGGCUCAGGCUGCCCCACAUGGUAAUAAAAGGAACCAGGAUGCGUUUGCGAUCCGUGGGGUAAAGAAAAUCUGCUUUGGGGCAAGGGGUUAGGGAAGGGAGAUAUUGAACUUGUGGGGAGUAGGGUAGGGAAACUCAGUUCUAUCAGAGCUGGGGUUUAAUUCACCCUUGUGCAGGGAUAGGGAAGCAGCACAAAGGUUAAUGCAUCACAUAAGCCAGCAAAAUUGGCCUCCACGCUCUGAUUUAGGAAAGCAGCCCUAUUCGGGAAGGUGCUUAAAGUUAAACACAUGCUUAAGUGCUUUCCUGAAUCGGGGUUGGAUACGUCUUUGGAGGGGGGUGUCAGUUUCACCUGUUAAUCUGGAUGUCAGCUGAAGUAAUAUACAGUAUGUAAUAAAGGCAAAAUAAGAUGAGAAGCAGCUUUAUUUAAAUGGAGGGGACUGGGGCACAGUGAAGAGAAUGUGGUUUGAUUUUUCAUCCAAUGUAGCAUUGUAUAAAUCACAUUUUAGCAAGAGAACCAAUGAGAACCUCAGAGUCAUCGCAGUGGGUCCGUAAGCCUUUUCGGUUCCAUUCUCGGCAAGCCCAUCUGCGGCAGGAUGAGCCGCUGUUCUCAGCUGGCAGUGCUUUCUGAUGGUACAGUUUUGUUAGUCCUUUUUAAAUUAUUUGAUAUGGUAAUUCCAACACUUUUGGGGUGUAGUGUUUUUACUUAGGCCACAGGUCUACUAAAAUAUGCUAUGUUUCAAAAUUAAUUUCAAAAUUGUUGUAUGAAAAGAGAGAAAUAUUACGUAACCAAAGUUUUUUGUUUUUGUAAUUCUGAUGAUCUUGUAUUAUAAGGAUUAAAUGUGUGUGCUUUCCUGA